AUGACAGCCAGAAAGCAAAAAUCUAGUCUCCACCAAUUCCACAAAGGAUCACGGAUGCCACGGAUCGAAACGAGAUCCCAGAAGGAUUACCGGAAUAAGAUGCGCAAACACACGGCAGCUGAAUUAUCAGAUAUAACUACCCCUAGUGUUCCUGUGCCGCUGACUGAACUGAUACCUGAAGAUGAUUACCUUCACAACGCUGACCAAGAAACCUCACAUCACGAUCACCAAGAAACCUCACAUCACGAUCAAGACCAGGAUGCUUGGUAUGACAUUCCAGACGAGAUGAGACCGGAAGACGCCGAAUCCCUCAGACAAAUUCGAUCACACCAUCAAGCACUCAUACAGCAGCAAAAAUUGAGGAAUUGGUCAGAUCUUAUGAUAUCGAUGUUCCCAGCCUACCUCCAUUUGAAAAAGAAAACGCAAAACUGGUCCCAGAUUGGCUGUCUUGAAGACUUUUCAAAGGACCUGUGUAAAUGCACUCCAGGACAGCGGAAUUGGAGAGAGGUUGACCUCAUUGAUCUCAUGGGUUCAGUCGAUGCCUACCGACACCUGAAGCGGUUAGAACAAGAUUUAAUUCAGACCACAACCGCCUGCUCUUCACAAGACAUUCUAGCCCAACGGUCAUGUCCAGCUUGUUUUGGUGUUUCGCUGCCGGUCGAUCAUGAAUCACAACCCUCAGACACUAGUCAAGUAUUCCUCUGCCUCGAUGGAAAUUUUCAACACCGACAUCAUGAGAAGGCCUCCAAGAAUCACCUGCCCCUUCAUACUCCCCAUCUGUUUGUCACUCCAGAAGAAAUCCAAGCCUCUAACGACCAAAUAUUAACCCACGAAAAAGCUCAAAAAAAGACUGAGAAAGCGAAAGACAGAUGUACAGAGCAGCACAAGGCUGCAGAUGACCGACGAAACGCCAGCACUUGGAAAGGUUGUGAUGACACUGGAUUGUUCGGAUGUUGCUGCCGACACGAUUCAGUAAUCUAUUUCUGUAAUAUACACAAAUCGGGAGAAGGACGUGGCCUACCUAUGUCAAUCUUGAAGCGGCUCCUUGGCGAACUAAAUUCCAAUAUUCAAUUAGGUGUUCUUUACGAUAUUGGCUGCACCCUGGGAAAAUUUUUUGAAUCCCGGAAUUUACUUACCAAACAUCUUCCAAGGAUGAAAUUUGCUACAGCAGUAUUUCAUUCCUAUGUCCAUGACUGGGCAUGUCAACUCAAGUUCAAUCCAAGAUACAACAAGGGAUGGGGCUUAACAGACGGUGAGGGGUUGGAGCGUCUGUGGUCCUAUCUUUCCCCACUGGUGGGCCCUCAAAGGUAUGCGACUCGAAAUCGUCGGCUUGGUGGAAUCAAUCAUCGAAGUGUAUUCCACAACAUGCUUGGAAUGGAGAAGCUGUUAUUAACUCUGAAGAGGAAGACACUCCAUGCAAUCACUCAUCAAAAAGAUGCUCGGAAAAAUCUGGACAAGCUUCUGAGUCAGCCAAACCCACAUCAACGUGGCACUUGCUUCACCGAGGAUUUUUUUCGGGCACAAUGGGAAGCUCAGCGUGCUUUCCAUGCCAAUCUAAAUGAGGAGGAGGUAGCCCACAAAGAGGAGCUAGCACAAUUCUUUGAGCGAGGUGAAACCAUCAAAACACUUGUUGAGAUGCUUGUGUCAGGAUUAAAAUCACACUCGCAGUCCGAUCCCACCCAGAUGAUGAACCAGUUGAGUGAGAUCCAAAUGCUCCAGGCCAAGCAAGAUGAGGAAACGAAAAAACUGGGCUCUCAUUUUGGAACAGCUAAUAUUGAGGAUGAGGACCAACAAAAACGGUUGGGGCUCCUCUACAGUGCCAAGUUAGCACUCUAUAAGGCUGCCGUUCAGAUUCAAGGUGAAUUGCAACCAUUGCGAGAUUCAAAGGGUCGGGGCGAGCGCCUGGGAACUGUCUUGAAGGAGAAGAUCUUCGAUGCCCUGGAUCGUCGAAAGAAAUCCGUCAUUUCGGUUCUAAACACUUUCCAGACUCGGCGUACUGACUACCUCAGAAACCACUGUCCUGAACAACUCGACUUGCCAGAAAAUGCACCAAUUGACUAUCACCAAUUUAAGAAAAUCCCGCUGGACGACCCCUUUUGGAACGAUGGGUACAUGUGCCUAUCUAAGGACCCAUGGGCCAUCAAUCCGAACGUGCGGUCUGGAAUCCAUGCGGUCCUUGCCUUGGAACGUUCAAAAGAGGAACUUGUUCAACUGACGAUUGAGUUGCGAAGGACCGUCUCAUGGGGGAUUUCCCACAGAGAUCAGGUGAAAUCAUGCAUUGAUCAAUGUGUACUGGGUCCAUUAAGCAGUGGGCUGCAGAAUACAUUGAAUGAUGCACUAGGUGAAGAUGAAAACCGUGCAAAGACUUUGCUACGUGAUGAGUUGGAAACUUAUCAGCAGCAGCAUGAAGCACUGCUGGUAACAUGGCAUGUAACCAUAGAAGAAAUGGUAUUGCAGGGCUUAGUGGGCCACACAGUUAUACCCAACACGUGGUUUGCCUUAAUAGAGUUUCUUAAAUUAGAUAUAUACAACGACUCAACACUCAGCCUGAAUUUGCUCUUAGAGGAAGUUGUUCUCAAAGAUCAAGAAUCAGAUGGUGAAUCAGCUGCCAAUGAUGAUCUUGACGAGUACCAAGAGUCCCACAGUUGA